AGCAGCGCGCUGGGCGCGGCGCCGCUCGGGCACCAUGGGCUGCACGCUGAGCGCUGAGGACAAGGCGGCGGUGGAGAGGAGCAAGAUGAUCGACCGCAACCUGCGCGAGGAUGGCGAGAAGGCGGCGCGCGAGGUCAAGCUGCUGCUGCUUGGUGCUGGUGAAUCUGGGAAAAGCACAAUUGUGAAGCAGAUGAAAAUUAUCCAUGAAGCGGGGUAUUCAGAAGAGGAGUGUAAGCAGUAUAAAGCAGUGGUGUACAGCAACACCAUCCAGUCCAUCAUUGCUAUCAUUAGGGCCAUGGGGAGGUUGAAGAUUGACUUUGGUGACUCAGCUCGGGCGGAUGAUGCUCGCCAACUCUUUGUACUUGCUGGAGCUGCAGAAGAAGGCUUUAUGACCGUAGAGCUCGCCGGGGUUAUAAAGAGAUUGUGGAAAGAUAGUGGUGUUCAAGCCUGUUUCAACAGAUCCCGAGAGUACCAGCUUAAUGAUUCUGCAGCAUACUAUUUGAAUGACUUGGACAGAAUAGCUCAAUCAAAUUACAUCCCAACUCAGCAAGAUGUUCUCAGAACUAGAGUGAAAACUACAGGAAUUGUUGAAACCCAUUUUACUUUCAAAGACCUUCAUUUUAAAAUGUUUGAUGUGGGAGGUCAGAGGUCAGAGCGGAAGAAGUGGAUUCACUGCUUCGAGGGAGUGACUGCCAUCAUCUUCUGUGUGGCACUGAGUGACUAUGACCUAGUUCUAGCUGAAGAUGAAGAAAUGAAUCGAAUGCAUGAAAGCAUGAAAUUGUUCGACAGCAUAUGUAACAAUAAAUGGUUUACAGAUACAUCUAUUAUACUUUUUCUAAAUAAGAAGGAUCUCUUUGAAGAAAAAAUCAAAAAGAGCCCUCUCACUAUAUGCUAUCCAGAAUAUGCAGGAUCAAACACAUACGAAGAGGCUGCUGCUUACAUUCAAUGUCAAUUUGAAGACCUCAAUAAGAGAAAGGACACAAAGGAAAUAUAUACACACUUUACAUGUGCCACAGAUACUAAGAACGUGCAGUUUGUUUUUGAUGCCGUAACAGAUGUCAUCAUAAAAAAUAACCUAAAAGAUUGUGGCCUCUUCUAAGUUUUGCAGUUACUGGUAAAAUGCAUUUUGAAGCCAAAUGAGUACUUCUCUGUGGAUCUCUCUAGACUAGAGUUUUGCAGCAGCACUGAGUGUGUGUAGUGUACAGCAGAUGCAUCCUGGGCUUGACCAAAGUUCUUGUGUUGUGUGUCUUUAUCUGAAAGUAGUAGAAGGACCUUUCUGAAAGGUCAAGAUGGUUUUGCAAAGUGAAAAUGAAGUACAGUGUCAAAGCUGGACUCUAGUUGUAUGAUGAUUUGUGUCAGUGUAAAUAUGCAAAUGUAUGUAUAAUGUAUUUAUAACUUUAAUUUUCCAUAGUACAUUUAAGAGUGGCAAGUUCCAAUUCUAGUGUGAUGGCUUUGGAAAUAACAUAGAUAUUAAGUACCUUGUACUGAGUGACAGACUAUUACUGUGUUUGCCAGUUUUUAACAGCUUUAUGUAUGUUCAUGUCCUGUAAAGUUUUAGGUUCAGUAAGAAAUAUUAGGAAAUGUCAUAGCUCUUACCAGGGUUAUAUGUAUACUUGUAUUCAUAAAAUGUUAUUUGUACAAACAUUGCACAGACUAUUUUAAUAACAUUAUUUGUUCUUUAAACUGUGUUUCCCUGAAAUGUCUUUAAAGAAGAUGAGUAUCCCUGCUUUUGGAUCAAUUAUUUAAGCACUGUAUGAAUUUUAAUGUUUCUUUUAUUUAAAAAUGUAUGUUGCUCUGAUUCUAAAUUAAAUUUGGUUUACGAAACUCAAAUUUCAGAUUUUUGAAGACACACUAUCUUAGACUUAAAAACAGUUUCUAUUCAGUUGGUUGGCUUUCACUUUGGAUUUUAAUAUCCAUACAUUGCCUUAGAGGCUAGUGAGGAUGGUAAGUUGAUUUUAUACACUUUAAAUAACUGUAUUUUUAUUUAUAUCUAAGUAUAGGUGGAUAUUGAAAGCACUUUUGUGGGUAAAAUUUUUAGCAUAUUGAAUUUCUAGACAUUCAUUUGUAUAUUUCCUUUGGGAAAUCCCUUGUACUUUGGCAUAUAUGACAGUUCCUUGUUUGGAUGAUAACAAGAAACAUAUUUGAAUACUGCUGAUAUUAUGCAAACUUUAAAUUCAUAGGUAACUAGUUUAAUCAUCAUUCUGUGCCAAAAUUACUUUUUUCUUAGAUACUCAAAUUGUUUCUGCUUGCUUAUUUCUUUUUAAAUUAUUCUAGUUUUUCUGACAUUAAUUGGACAAUUACACUUAGAAAAUGAAUACUAGUAUUUAACAAGGUCAGUGAUUGUAUGUAUGAACCAAUAAGUGUUACAUAAAAGCUAGAUACUGAAUUUUGUUCAUUUCAUUUUCUUUUGUUUACUUACAGUGUUUCUUUGACCAUUCCGCAGCUCAUGUCCUUUUUUUUUUUUUUUUUUUAACUCAUCUUGACAAAUGAAGUCUUUCAGGAAGCUUUGCCUCUAGUAGUGUCUGCAUUUAGUCCUGUGUUAACACUGGUUAAAGUACAAUUGUUGAAGUUCCUACACAUCUGAGUGUAUGGAAACCAUAAACUACAUUCGUGAGUGUUUGAUUUGGGGAAUUUUUUUCUUAUUUGUAAUGUGAAGAAAUUCAAAGUUGUAAGAAUUCCUACAGUGUUAGCUUAGAUUCUUUAUGUGCCUUUCAUGAAAGGUAUGUUUUCAUUCAUUUACUAAUGGAAGACCUGUCAGGUCCACAUUGUGAAGCUCUGUAUAAAAUUCAACCAUAAUAUGAAUACAUUUGAAUGGUGAGAAAUAUGGUUUAAAAACCACAAAGAAGCACAUAUUUGUGACCAUCAUUGAACAAUUUCUGAACCUUAUUCUGUGUAACUGUGUUACUAAUAAAUCCUAAUAAAUUUAAAUUUUUAAAAUUUUA